AGAGUACUUCACGGGAAAAAAGCCUCUCCCUUUUACUACGUCUGUAUAUCAGUGUAUUACCGCUGAAAAGCAAACAGUAGUGAAUGCCGGUGUGGUGUUGUGUUCAUAUCGUCGUGUGGCAAUACUUUAUUAUUAUUAUUAUUAUUAUUAUUAUUUAUUUAUUUUGAUUGCAUUGUAACUUAUUUGUUAUUGCUGUCUCGGACUUGAACUUGGCGAAUAUCUACUGGAUAUAUAUUAUACAAAACAAAAUAUAAUAAAAACCACUUUUCUGGAGAAAAGCAAAAGGCCUGCCUGAGUGAAGGGAUAUCUCCGGCGUUUGUUCUCACAACGUGGAUUCUAUUAUACAGAAGAAGGUUAAACUGAAGUCCCUGUUUCUUGAGAGGUCCGCUGGAUUUUAAGGAAUGCUGCUUUCAAAGUUAAACUCUUUUGCUCAUAUCUCUGCUGUAGAUGUGCCGGCAAAAAUCCAAAUCCAGCAAGUGAAAGAGCGGGAUCCCUUUGAGAAAGUCUAUCAGAUCGGCGCUGAGCUGGGAAGCGGUGGCUUUGGUACAGUUUACACCGGCGUGAGGAUUGCUGACGGAGCGCCGGUGGCAAUAAAGCAUGUGGCGAAGGAUCGUGUCGCUGAAUGGGGAGAACUGCCCAAUGGGUCCCGUGUCCCAAUGGAAGUGCUGCUUCUGAAGAAAGUGGGGACCGGUUUUCGGGGUGUCAUUAAGAUGCUUGACUGGUACGAGAGACCCGACAGCUUUAUCAUCGUCAUGGAGAGACCCGAGCAUGGGAAGGAUCUUUUUGAUUUUAUUACCGAAAAGGGAGCUCUGCCAGAGGAGCUGGCUAAAAACUUUUUCAGGCAAGUUCUGGAGGCGGCCAGACAUUGUCACAACAGUGGAGUAGUUCACAGGGACAUUAAAGACGAAAACAUCCUCAUAGAUCUGAGAACCGGGGACCUGAAACUCAUUGACUUUGGAUCAGGAGCGCUGCUCAAGGACACUGUGUACACUGACUUUGACGGCACUCGAGUGUACAGCCCUCCCGAAUGGAUCCGCUACCACAGGUACCAUGGCAGGUCUGCCACGGUGUGGUCUUUGGGAGUCCUCCUGUACGAUAUGGUGUGUGGAGACAUCCCCUUUGAGCAGGACGAGGAGAUUGUGAGGGGACAGGUCUUCUUCAGGAGACGAAUCUCAACAGAGUGUCAAAACCUCAUCAAGCUGUGCCUCUCUCACCGGCCCUCAGACAGACCCUCUUUCGAGGAAAUCCUCAAUCACACGUGGAUGCAGAGCGUGGCGCUCCCACAGGAGACCACGGAAAUCAGACUGCACAGCUUGAGCCAUGAGACUCAAGCCAUCACAGCGGAUCACUAGAGCCGCUAAGAGAGAGAGAGAGAGAGACUUGCUAGAGUAAAUGGGAACCGGACUCCUUUUUCUGUAGGAGGCGUGGGAGCUGAACCCUUUUCCAAAUAACCAAAUCACCCAAGCCUGUAUUGAUGAGGGGAAAGGGGGAGUCGCCAUCACUUCACUUUGCAGCCCCCUUUACUUCUCAAACUUUUGAACCUUAUGCACCAUAUACUGUUUACUGUGAGGCUGGCUGGGGCUAAAAGCUACUCUGCUACAAGUGCAAGAACCCCAAGGACCAGAGCUGUGGAAUAGUUCUGCACCAGCUUGAAUCCACACGUCGCCAUGUACUUGAGCACAGUGCAGUAUAGAGACAAGCCUGACUUUCAAAAAUAACUUUUCUUCAUUUCUGAGUGCCUUCUACAAGAGCAGAAACAGCAGCCUGUGAAAAUACUUGAAAUGGUAAUGCCACUUUGUUCUGUUUCUUCUUCAUUCCCUCCCUCCUGCCUCGCAGGUACGUCAAGCCUGCAGCUCCCAUCGUCCAGGGCAACAUCGUAACCUCUUCAGCAACUAAAACUAAUGACUGUGACCUCACUCAGCUUUCCUCCUGUCAGGCUCUUCUAAAAACCCUUUAUGCCAAGGCAUGCUGGGACAGUGAUGAAUGCACAAGCAAUGCAACAACAAAAAACUCUACCUUUUUGUAAAUGUGUGUGUGUGUGUGUGUGUGUAAAUAAUAUAUAUAUGUGUGUAUAUUUUGGUUUUGUUUUUUUCUACUGUGGCGCUGAUGUGUAAUUCUUAAUUUAUUUGCGUGAAGUUAAACGGUUUUCCUCAAAUAAAUUAAUUAAUUUAUUUAUUUAUGAAGAUGACCUCUUUUCCAGCACAGCCAUUCAUUCCACAGUAACUGUUUCAGAAGGGCCCACAUUUCCCCCCCACCAUAUUUAUGGCCUAAAGUAUAAAAUCUAUUUGUUUUUUAAAGAAUAAUUUCAAGAUUAUUAUUUUUUUGUUGUAAAUAAUCCUCCAAGCACUUCUGUUUUUCAAUGCACAAUGUAUUGUGCAUUGGAAGGGUAGAGUACAUCUACUCAAAGAAGGCAGUUUUUGUUUAUAUUUUUGUCUGAACUGUACACUAGUUUGGUUGCAUGUAUGCAGCUUGGGAUUUGAAUUAGAACUGUAAAUUAUCUAGAAUAAAUUAUUUUUGUACAAUUUCAAUAAAAUACAUUUUGCCUUAA